AUGAGACAAACUGAUGAUGUUCCGGGAACCAAUGGUGCUCCUCAAUACCAGCAAAAAAAAAGGUGGCGAUGGAGUCAGUUUACUGUGGAAGCACUGGCGGCAGGAGAGUCGCUUCUAUUUUCCAGUGUUCGAGCCAAGAUUACAUCACAGUUUAUACCGGUAGAAAUGGGUCAGAUAUAUACGGUGACCGCAGAAACGCCUACAUCUUCGCAUGCUCGAAUCCCAACAGUUCUUAUUCAUGGAUUUGCUGGUGGAGUAGCUUUAUGGGCUGCUAAUAUUGAUGAUAUGGCCAAAAAACGGAUACUUCAUUGUUUCGAUUUAUUAGGUUUUGGGCGUUCAUCGCGCCCUGUAUUUGCCAAAGAUCCAGUACUGGCCGAAUUGCAGUUUGUUCAGUCAAUUGAAAAUUGGAGAAAGAGAAUGGGAAUUAACAAAAUGAUUUUAGUAGGCCAUUCUUUUGGAGCAUUUUUGGCAGCAUCUUUUGCGCUAGAGUAUCCAGAACGUGUUAGACAUCUAGUUUUGGUGGAUCCGUGGGGAUUUCCGGAAAAACCUGCUGAAGUUUCACACCAACAAAAUUAUCCCAUUUGGAUUAGAAUUGCUUCGCGGGCGAUGUCAUUUUUUUAUCCUUUAACAGCUUUACGUUGGGCAGGACCCUAUGGUGUUUCAAUUAUUAAAGCUGUGCGACCUGAUUUAAGUCUUCGUUUUCGAUGUACUGAUCCAAAUGCCAUUUAUGAUUACUUCUAUCAGUGCAAUGCCCAAAACCCUUCCGGCGAAGUUGCGUUCACUAAUAUGAGCUUUUCGUUUGGCUGGGCUAAAAGACCAAUGCUUAAAAGAAUAAUCAAUCUACCACCUGAAGUACCGAUGACAUUCAUCUAUGGAAAUAAAAGUUGGAUCGAUUCAUCUUCGGGUAUUGUAGUGCAAAAUGAGAGGCAAAAUGCUUAUGUUGAUGUUCAGGUUAUAAAUGGUGCUGGACAUUACGUUUACGUUGACCAAAAAGAUGUUUUCAACAACGUUUUAUCUGAUUUAUUCGACAAAAUUGAUGCCAACGAAGAUAUCUUUCUCAGAAAAAAUGUAGAAAAGGAAACCGAUUCAGAAUAA